CAAUCCAACUACGCAAGCAAAGAAAUGGAACCCACACAUGUAGUCCCCUAUCAGCUGGCACCAAAACCGCGGCUCAUCGACCACCAACUCCUCAAAGGCCCCCAAACAAUCAAAAUCUACACCAAUCUGAAAAUCCUCGGAAACCCAGAUCACUAAAAAUUAGUCCUUCUCUUGCUUGAAAUUUGAAUUUGAAAUACAGUUUGUGAUGUCAUUGGAGGUGGUGAAGGAAGACGAAGAAGUUUACAGCUGGCGAGAAGUGAAGCUGGCGUCGAUCGCAGAGCUUGAGAGGGAGACGGCGGAGAGAAGGCGUGGCCGUGACAUAGUCAUCGCUGUGGAUCAUGGGCCCAACAGCAAGCACGCUUUCGAUUGGGCCCUUAUUCACUUUUGCAGGCUUGCUGAUACCAUCCAUCUUAUUCAUGCUGUUUCCAGUGUGAACAACGAGAUUGUUUACGAUGCAAGCCAGGUCCUUAUGCAGAAGCUUGCAAUUGAGGCAUUUGAAGUUGCCAUGGUGAGGACGAUUGCACGAAUUGUGCAAGGAGAUCCAGGUAAGGUAAUUUGCAAGGAAGCAGAGCGUGUAAAGCCUGCAGCUGUUAUCCUGGGUACCAGAGGCAGGGGCUUCAUUCAAAGUGUACUACAGGGAAGUGUCAGCGAGUAUUGCAUGCACAACUGUAAAUCAGCUCCUGUUGUAAUCGUUCCAGGGAAAGAAGCUGGAGACGAGUCAUUGAUCUAGCUAGUGGAACUCAUGGUAGGCUCAUGGCCACUGUCCCUCAUGUAGCGCUUGCUUGAACUUGUCUCUGAACCUUCAUCCAUCAGAGGGUCAACUUGCACUCUCCCAUCAAUUACAAGUAUGAUACGGCAUUUUCUGUAUUCCCAUGACAGCUAGAUUUGUCUUUCACUUCAAAUUGGGAUGGGGACAAUUUAUCUUGUAAAAGGGUCUUGAAUUGUGGCAGAUGACGGUUACACACCCUCGUCUUUAAAUGGGUACAAUAGUCCCCGGAGCAUAGACGACGGUAUUUUGUCAAUCUCGACAAUGAUAAAAAUCCGUCGUCUAUGAAUUUUUU